AUGUAUGUGUCGGUUAAUAUUGCAGCCUUUGGGAAUGAAAGAGAUGGGCCUUCUGAGGACAAUCAGCAGCCAGGCUUGAUCUGGAGCUAUCUCAGGAGAAGUGCUCUCAUUUCUGAGAUUGACUGCAGCUUGUCUGCCAGUCACGUUGGAAAUCCAGCUUUUACUGAGUACCAAGCCUCUGUGUUUGGAAAUGUCAGACUGGUGGUACAUGACUGUCCUGUCUGGGAUAUAUUUGACAGUGACUGGUAUACCUCCCGCAGUCUCAUUGGAGGAGCUGAUAUUGUUGUGAUUAAAUACUCCGUCAAUGAUAAGACUUCGUUUCAAGAACUAAAGGACAGUUAUGUCCCAAUGAUAAAAAAAACAUUAAACCACUGCUCAGUUCCAGUAAUAAUUUCUGCUAUUGGUGCAAGAAAAAAUGGAGUGCCUUGUACCUGCCCACUGUGCACAUCGGACAGAAGGAGCUGUGUCACCACUGUUGAAGGAGUUCAACUUGCCAAGGAACUAGGAGCCACUUACCUUGAGCUGCACACUCUCAAUGACUUCUACAUACAGAAAUAUUUUGGAGGCGUGCUGGAAUAUUUUAUGAUCCAAAGUUUGAAUCAGAAGUCACCUGAAAAAAUGAAGAAAAGGACAAAGAUGCAGAAGUGUCAUCGAAUUCAGCCACCUCAGCUUGAACAACCAGAAAAAAUGCCAAUCUUGAAGGGUGAAGCCUCGCACUAUGACACGGACCUGCACAACCUGCUCUGCUGCUGCCAGUGUGCAGAUGUGGCUUUCUACCCCGAGGACUUCAGCACAGUGGUGGAGGCUCACAAGGUCAUCCUCUGUUCCGUCAGCCACCUCUUCAUGCUGCUUUUCGAGGUGAAGAGCCCUGCAGACAUCUGCGACACCUCCAUCAUGCAGACAGCGCAGAGCCUCUUCACAGUGGAAGCAGAGACUUCCUUCUCACUGGUGCCCCGCGGCAUCCCACCUUGCAUCCCACUGCUGAGGGUAGUGGUGAAGGACUCUGCCUUCUGCUCAUGUCUCCCAGACAUCCUCCACUUCAUCUAUUCAGGUGCUUUCCAGUGGGAACAACUAGAAGAGGAUAUAAAAAAGAAGGUGAAGGAUCCAGAAAAAACUGAAAAUGUGCUUGACAAAGUUAAAUGCAUCCUGAAAACCCCAGGCAAGUUAAACACUACAAAAGACUGCAAAUCUCAACAGAUGAAACGGCUGUAUAAUACUUCUCUCAGGCUGUUCUUUAAUACUCCUGUCCUAGCUGAUGUAAUCUUCAAAAUACAAGAUGCAACUGUACCAGCCCACAGAGCAGUUCUGGUAGCUCGCUGUGAGGUAAUGGCAGCUAUGUUUAAUGGUAAUUAUCUAGAAGCAAAUAGUAUUCUGGUUCCAGUGUAUGGGGUUUCCAAAGACACUUUCCUCUCCUUUUUAGAGUAUCUUUAUACCGACUCCUGCUGUCCAGCUGGUAUUCUCCAAGCUAUGUCUCUCUUGAUCUGUGCAGAGAUGUACCAAGUAAUGAGACUCCAGCAUAUUUGUGAGCUUUACAUUAUCACACAGCUUCAGAGCAUGCCUAGCAGGGAGCUGGCAUCUACAAGUCUCAGCAUAGUUAGCUUGCUCAAAAAAGCUAAGUUUCACAAUUCUGAUUGUCUUUCAACUUGGCUUCUCCAUUUUAUUGCCACUAACUACCUCAUCUUCAGUCAAAAGCCUGAAUUUCAAGAUCUUUCAGUGGAAGAGCGCAAUUUUGUAGAGAUGCACAGAUGGCCUUCGCAUUUGUACCUGAAGCAGCUUGCUGAUUACAGGAACUACAUCCACUCUCAGAAGUGCCAUUGCACAGUAAUGUAA